AUGCAUGAAGAAGAACAACUUCAUGAUGACAAAAAGACAGGCAGUGACGCCUUACAACAGGCUGGAGAAGUACUUGGCCAGUGUGCUCAAAGUGCAAUGGAUGUUGAAGGAAAAACCCAUGCAUUGAUAAGAGAUGAAGCUCAAGUUUUAUCAAGUGCUGAUCCUAAAGCAACAGAAACCCCUCAUUUAGGCAGAUCACUUCCUUAUUUGGACUUGUCUGUUAUCCCCACUGAAUUCUUACUAGCAGAUUCAUGUGGCACUGUGGAAUGCAAUGUUGACUUAAACUUGAGCUCUCAGAAGCAACCUGACCUGGCUGCGCCAAAAACUAUGUGGGACUCCUUGGAUUCUACUAGCAGAAAUAAUGCCACUGUAUUGCAUGAACUGUCUCCUCCAGAAAUGUCCGCUGUGUGA